CUAAAAACCAAAAACUAAAAUCUAAAAACCAAAAACUAAAACUAAAAACUAUUGAAACAAUCAUCACCAUAGAAAAAAAUUGAAAACAUUAUCGAAAAGUAUAAAAAGUUCAAAUUUAAAAAAUAUAAAAAUUAUUAUAAUUUCAUUUUUAUUAUUUUUAAUAUUAUUUAUUUAAAUAAUUAUAUAUUUAGAAAUUAAUAAAGCAAUGGGUAUAAAAGUGUUUUGCCUCUUUAAUGGAUGAGAUAUUUGUAAAAAUGUUCAUUUAAUGAAGGUAAACAUGAAUAAUAGUACAAACAAUGUGGUAAACAUGAAAUUCUCUCUAAUGAUAAAAUAGAUUUCCAUAAUAUUUAGGAUUGAUAGGAUCUGAUCAUCGGCCAGUAAUGGCUUAUCUUGAGGAUAAAGUACCCAGGCGAUAGGGUUAAUUUUCAUUAGAUAAAAGAUGUAUUCGACAAGAUGGUUUAAUGAAAUCCAUUGGUAGAGCCUGGGUAGAUUCAGAGGAAGGUAGUUCAAAGGAUUUUGUUACAAAAAUUUGUAAUUUUCAUCAUGAAAUUGCUAGAUGGCAUAAGAAUAAUCCACCAUAUGGGAAAAGAGAAAAUUAGCAAGCUUAAACAAGCUUUGGAAGAAGUACAAACAGAUAACAGUAGAAAUCAGGAGAAAAUAAUGGAUGUCUCUAAGAAACUACAGAAACUGUACAAUGAUGAGGAGGAGUAAUGGCAAUAGAAGAGUAGGACUAUGUGGCAUACAUCAUGGAAUCUAUACACCAACUUUUAUCAUGCUUUAAGGAAACAACAUCGUACUCGCAAUAGGAUUGUCAGUUUACACGACGCAGACAAACAUUAGAUAACAGGGGAAAAAGAAGUACAAAAGGUUGCAGUGCACUAUUUUGAUAAUCUAUUCAGUACCACUUCUCCCUCAUACUUUAAAAGUUUUUUGGAAGGGAUCACACCAAGCAUCACUUAUCAGAUGAGUCAGCGGUUGAUCAGGAUAGCAACGGAGGAAAGAGGUAAGACAAGCUCUGUUUAUAAUGCACCCAGAUAAAGCCCCUGGAUUGAAUGGCAUGACAUCACUUUUCUUCCAGCACUCUUGGCCUAUUAUAAAGAAUGACCUGCAUGCAAUGUUUUUAAACCCGAUCCGGACACUGAAUCGGACGACAUACCGGGUUGUUGGAUCACUGGAUCGACCGCGGAUAAACCACGGGUUAAUAAAUGAAUUAAUUUUAUUAUAUAAUAAUAUAUCAGAUAUGUAAAUAAAAAUAUAGAAACUAAAGUAUUUCUAAUUUUUUUAAAACAUAAGAUAAUAGUUUGGAUAUGUAUAUAUUUUAUGUUUAAAAACAUUUAGAAAAUACUUAACUUUAGUUUUUAUAUUUUUAUUUUCAUUUGACAUACAAAAUAUCAAAAAAUAGUUUAGACUAUUUAAGAUUUUCUCUUACAAGGUAAGAGUUAUGACAUCUAAAAAUAUCAAGACAUAAAAUUUAUAAAUAUUUAAAUAUCUAAUGUGAAUAAUAAAUUAAACUUCAAAUACAAAAUAAACCAAAAGUAAAAGAUCAUUAUACUAAAUUGUCAAUAACGGAAAUAAACUAACACCAAAUUACAUCAACUAAUUUUGGUUCUCUCUACCAUCGUUCUCUUCAUUUUUUUCAGGUGGCAUAGUGAAAUCUUCAUCAAAAUCUAAAAAUCACAAAUAUGAAACUAAAAAGGAAAAACCUAACCUCUUUUUUUUUUGUCAGCACCUAAUACCUUAAUUGGAAAUUUAGAAUAUAAAACAUAAUCUAAAAACAUAAUACGGUAUCGGGUUUCGGGUUUUACUGGGCUUUUGCGGGUUUCUAAAUAUUGGAUUUUUCACAAAAUUCAAACUGGAUUUUUUCUGGGUCACCGGGUUUACCGGUUCAACCGCGGGUCUGGGUCGGGUUUCAAAACACUGCCUGCAUGGUAUGGUCAAUAAUUUAAACAUUACAAAUAUUUUUCUCAUUCCUGAAAUGGAGAGGCCUACAAGGAUGACGGAGCUACGGCCGAUUAGUCUAUGCAAUGUAAAAUAUAAGAUCAUUUCUAAGGUGUUAUGCCAGAGAUUUAAGACCUGCCUACCCACACUUAUUUCGGAAACACAAUCGGGUUUGGUUUUGUACCUGGAAGGUUGAUUUCAGACAAAAUCCUUAUAUCACAAUAGAUUUUUAAUGGUUUAAUGACUAAUAAGUUAUGCAAGAACAAGUUUAUGACCAUAAAAACAUAUAAGCGUCCCCAAUUGCGAACAUUAAAAAUGUUGAGGGAGAGAAACAACUAACAUGAAUAAAGGUUGCAAGGGUAUGCCCUUCGAUUGCUAUUUGCAGAUGAUAGUCUUUUUUUGGUAAGACACAAAAAUAGGAGUGUCAAACUAUUAUCAGGAUUUUAUAAGAGUAUGAGGAAAUAUCGGGCCAAAUGAUAAAUUUCCAAAAAAUUUCUAUUCAAUUUGGACAGAAGAUUGAGGAAUCCAUUCGGCAGAAGCUUGGGGAUAUUUUAGGGAUUUAGAACAUAGAUGGGAUGGUUCAUAUUUGGGAAUGCCAUAAAAAAUUUGGAGGAUCAAAGACACAAGUUUUUGGUUUUAUCCAAGACCGUUUAAAUAAUCUGGCUAAUGGAUGAACUUUUCAAUUAUUCACCAAAUGGGGAAAGAAAUUGAUUCUAAAAUCAGUAUUUACUGCUUUACCAAAUCACAUAAUGUCUUGUUUUCGUCUACCAAAGGUCGUAACAAAUAAAUUGACGAGUGCAGUGGCACAAUUUUGGUUGAGUUUAGAGGAAAAUACAAAAGGCAUGACUGGAAAUCAUGGGAAAAAUUAUGCAAUCCCAAGGAUGAAGGAAACAUGUGGUUUAAAGAUCUUACAAAUUUAAACACGACCAUAAUUGGAAAGCAAUUUUGGCGCUUGAUAGAGAAAUCAACUGCAUUAUUUCCUCGCGUAUUCAAAGGACAGUACUCCAGGAACGCCUCCCCCGGAAACCAAUUAGAUCAUAUUCACCGUCAUAUGGCUGGCGCAGUAUCGUCUUUGCUAGAUCUCUGGUUAGCUAAAGACUAAUCAAAAAGUUUGGAUCAAGAUCAUCUAUUUCAGUAUGGAAUAAUCUUUUGCUUCCAACCAAUCGCCCAAGACCAUCAAAUAGAAAUUAACACAACCUUUACCCUGAUCUUACAGUGAAUUUUUUUUUAUCAAUGUAACUUCGCAAACAUUGAAUUUACAAGCAAUUCAGGUUUUUUUUUGUGGAUCCCAAUGAUGUGAAGAUUAUAGAAAGCAUACCAUUGAGCUGGACAAAGACAAAAGAUAAAGAUGUAUGACAUUUCACCUAAUGGGAAGUACACAUGAAAUAUGGAUAUAUACAUAUUUCAAAUGAACUAAAUUAAGGAAAUAAAACUAAUAAAACUUAGUUCUAACUAGAAUUAAAAGUAAUAGUGCUUUGAUUUAAAAAAAAAUAUGUGUAACUCAGUAUAACCCGCAAAAUGAGCAACUUAAACAAUCUAAGUUUUUAUGGCUAAAUCAAAAGUCUAAAUGCAAAAAAAACUAAUAAAAUUUAAAUCUAUUUCAGCACAAAAAAUAUUACGGUUAAAUUUAGAGAAAUAAAUACAAUUCAAUAUAUUCAAGUAAUAACCAAUUCAACUAGAUAUUAUAUAUUCAAAUUACAUAUCUAAUUAAAAUAAUAUAAUAUUAUUCAUAAAAUAAUUAAAAUUUAAAUUAGAUACUAAUAAUUUUUUAAUAUAUUUAUUUUGUAAAAAUAUAUGUCCCUGCAUGAGCACAAAAAAACACUUUUAUAUAGAGAAAUUAGGUGGGAUAUACACGAAAGAAGCCGAAAUUAGCUAAAUACCCGUUCCUUUGACCAAAAAAAAAGAGCUAAAUACCCGUUCCCUGUUUAGACCUCUAUGCACUUUAACACCCCUAUUCUCCCUAUAAUCCUAUGUAAUCCUAUGAUAGAUUUGCUGUCAGAAAUAAGAAGAUGUCGAUACGUAUAUCUUGAUAUAAUUAUUAAACCUACUCUAUACAAAUACUGAAAAGAGAAGUGAAAAGUCGAUAUUCACAUAUCUUAAAAAAUAGCUUUUUGUAUUCAAGAGACAUAUCUUCCCCAAGCGAAAGACAUCCGCGAGCAUCUUAUGGGAACACUAUGAAUGUUUCUUCAAGCGUACUACUUAUUCAUGAUCGUGUUUGAUUCACGCUCACCGCACCAAUUUGAUAGAACUCAAGUAUAUUUCUACCAAAAACAGAGGUUACAACGGAAUUACAGAGAAAUCUAUCUUGAAUCUCUUAGGAGAAACAAUCCCAAGCCACAAGGCUCCUACUAACCAACUCCUCUCCCAAUUACAAUUUCAUCUAUUUAUACUUUCUUAGUGUAACCGUUUCUUCUCUUCUCACUUGCAGGUGGACAGCUCGUUAGCUUCUCACGUGACAAUUCCUUUGCUCUUAUGAUCAUACCAAUCUCACACCGAUGCGUCUAUUUUUUUUUAAAGAGAUCUCUAACUUAUAUCUGAGAUGAAUCUAAAUACACAUACCACUAAUUGAGCACUUUUAUUGGUGAUCUCCUAAGAGCUUCAGAGACUUUUUUAUAUGAAAUAUGAUGAGAGAUUUUUUUUUUUUUGUGUGAGACAGAUUUAUUUAAACUUUUACCAAAAAAAAAAAAGUGAUAGACGUUUCUUAUUAUAGUGACUCUGAACAAACAGAGACAAACCAGCUCUAUAAAUGUCCUUGUUUUUCCUGUGCAAUUUUUUAAUGUUAAAAUUUAAUUAGAUAAAUAACUAGCGUUAAGAAUCUAAAGCGUGACCAGCUAUCUAAACAGAACCGAAGGAUAUAGAGGCCUUUCAAAGACGAUUCAAAAUAAAUACUAGGUCUUGAUGCUUUCCCAUAUAACAAAACUGUUUUCAUAACUUCACCACAAGCACAUGAAUCUGUCUUACAAAAAGGCUAUCAUCAGCGAAUAUAUAUUAAGUAUGACACCGGAGGGCUAGUAUGUGCUACCCACAUCCCCGAUAUCUUACUUUGACUCUCCACAUGAUUUAAAAGGCUAACAAUCGCUUCUGUAAAUAGAAUAAAGAUGAAACGAGACAAAGAAUCUCCAUAACAUAUGUCUCUCUAUGGGACAAUAUUCCCAUUGGGCUGGACGUUCAUGAGGAUUCAAUACUUACACAGAUGUAACAAAUAGCAUUAUCCACUCGAUCCACGUUUCUGAAAAACCCAUAUGCUUCAUAACAUAUCUAAUAAGUUUCUAUGACAUAUGAUCAUAUGUUUUGUGUAUAUCUGUUUUAAUAGCCAUCCCCUUAUUUCUCCCACAUUGAUUAGCUUUUAGUGCAUGAAACAUCUUCUAAACGAUCAUAUUAUUAUAUGUGAUCUAUUUACCAGUAACAAAAGCUGAUUGAAUUUCAAAGAUAAGCGCAUCUAAGACUAUUUCAGUGUCUGGCAUUAAAAAAUUGGAAACAAUUUUAUAACUCAAAUUGCACAGAUAGUUCGAAACGGGCCACUAUAACGACCUUAUCUUUCUUCGAAAUGAGACAAAUGUUUGUAUCAUUCAAUCCUUAAACAAUAUUGACACCAUCAAAUAGAAAUUCAUUAACCAUAUGGAAACAAAGUUUUACUUCCCAUUAUUUUAUUGGAGCUGUGAAAUCCUGAUUAAUCGAAUCUGUGAUAUAUAGUCGUAGUGAUGUUAGCCAUUGCUACAAAAUAUGGUCGAAGGUGUAAAUAAUUUCACCUACAUAUAUCUAACAUCCUGUUACAUUCAUAUUUGACAAUAAUUCACGUUAAUAAAUCAUUCAAGGAAUUUUGGACUUAGUUUCAUAUAUUUUCCGUCAGAGAACAUUUGUCGCAAACUAGAGAGUUUAUUAACACGUAACUUUUUUUUUAUUAACACGUAACUUUCUAAAGGAAAAAGAAAAAGAAAAAGAAAAAAAUUUCACAACUUGCCCAAGACUGAACACUUGUUUAGUACGUCAACUUUCUUUUUUGUUUUGUUUUUUUGAGCACAAACCUAAACCAUUAUAUUUAAUAUUUACUACCUAUGGAUUUUUUUAUUUAACAUGCAUGUGCUAGUACUACUAUAUAUAUGCAUGUACUUUGAUAAUCACAGUAUUAGUAAAUAAAGUUUUUAAAAUAUGGGUUGCUGAAAUUAAUGGACUUUCACAUAUAAAGAGAAAGAGAAAACUUAGGUUGAAAGCAAUUGACCAAACUUCUGAACUUGUGUUGCGUGGGUUAAUAAACCCAUGCUUUUUUGGAUUUAUCUCAUCUUGAACGUUGUUUGUUUAUUUUUCUUUAAAAAUAAAUUACCACGAGAUCUUCAUUUCUACAUUAUGUUUUUACAUGUCUCAAACUUGGAGACACACAUAGCAAGCUUAAGUAAUGUAUUCGAUUUAACCGAUGCCUAAUUUGAUUUAGGCUUAACUUGGAAGUUGUUUAACUGAAUUUUAAAAUAUUUCUACGUUUAAAUUGUUGAUUACUUGCUUACUAACGAGAAUUCGAUAAAUCAAGACCUCACAGCUUCGAUAAAUCAAGACCUCACAGCCUCAGUUCUAGAAGGUGGUGUAAAUUAGUCCUAUUUGCGAUCUAGAAAAAGCUCUAGGACCAGACGGGAUAACAAGAUUAUUUUACCAAAAUUUUUGAGAUAUAGGAAAAAGAGUUUAACCCGUAUGGUUACUGAAUUCUUUUUCGAUAACAUCAUUCCUCGAUGAUUGAAUGACACAAACAUUUAUUUCAUUUCAAAGAAAGAUAAGCCAACUGAGAUAGCCCAGUUUUGGCAUUUUAAUUUAGAGAUAUGAAACGUGAGCUAUAAGAUCGUCUCCAAGGUAUUGUGUCAAAGACUAAAUAAAAUCUUACCGGAACAUAUAUCGGAAACUUAGUCAGCUUUUGUUGCGGGUAGACAGAUCACAUACAAUAUUAUGAUAUUUCAAGAGAUAUUUCAUAAAUUAAGAAUAAAUUCAGGAGGUAAACGAAUGGCUAUCAAAAUAGAAUGAGAGUUAUGAGGGCAAUGGGAUAGCUUCUCAUUAAGAGCAAUAUUAUUGGAGGUUUUUUGAUCUUAGGUUCUUAAAAUACAUGUAUGUGUAUAUAUAUAUUAUAUAUGCGUAUUGCGGGGUUCUAAGCUUUACGGGAAACUCAACCGAAAGUUUCUUAUUUAAAAACUUUCGAUUGAGUUUCCCGUAAAGCUUAGAACCCUGCAAUUACAUACGUAUAUAUAAUAUAUACAUACACAUACAUGUAUUUUAAGAACCUAAGAUCAAGAAACCUCCAAUAAUGUUGCUCUAAGAUGGCUACAAAAAUUGAUACAAAGCACAACACCAAAACAGCAACGCCUCAGCCCUGAUUCAGUCCUAACGAAAAGAUCAAUGAGUCAACCAUUGAUCGAUGCUUCAUUGCGAAUCCUGUCAUGAAGCAAAUCUUCCUAACGCAAGAUAAAACUAGAACCUGCCAUCGCAGAAGACACCAAACUUUCGAGAAACGAUAUUGGAUUUUGAUGAUUGUUUGGCAAAUUAAUGACUACAGGAAAUUCCGAACACAGAGCAGCAAUACACUUCAGCAAGAAACGAUAACGAGGCCAAUCAGUAGUUACGAAAAGUCGGUCGAAUAUACGUACAUAAAAAUUGUCGUAAAGGAAAAUGUUUUUCCAUAACCUUUUAUAAUUUAAUAUUAAUGUACACUUUUCAUUUGCGUCACGCCCGAAAUUUUAAGAAAAUAUAUAAAAUGACGAAGAAAAUAAAGAUCAUAUCUUUCUUGCAAAACUCUCCACUUCUCCUAGAGACAUUGGUCUUAUAGCUAUGCAUAACUUUCUGGUCCAAUUAUCAUUUCCCCAUGAACACAUUUCUUGAUAUCUAAGCAACUUCUGUCUUCUUCUCUUCAUGCUCCAAGGCUCUCUCACACACAAUUUCUAUAAAUCUCUCUUACUCUCUUCAUUCUCUUUUGGUAGAUUUAUUUCAUAAUCACAAUAGUACUAAAUUAUGGAUGAUGAAGAAAGCAACAACGUAGAAAGAUUCGAUGACGUCGUUUUGCCAGGGUUUAGGUUUCAUCCCACAGACGAAGAACUCGUAAGUUUCUACCUGAAACGGAAGGUUCUACACAGAUCUCUUCCCUUUGAACUCAUCAAAAAAGUCGAUAUCUAUAAAUACGAUCCGUGGGACCUCCCAAAGCUUGCAGCGAUGGGGGAGAAAGAGUGGUACUUUUACUGUCCAAGAGACAGGAAAUAUCGAAACAGCACGAGGCCUAACCGUGUAACUGGAGGUGGAUUCUGGAAAGCAACCGGAACUGACCGGCCAAUAUACUCAUUGGACUCCACUCGAUGCAUCGGUUUGAAGAAGUCGCUUGUGUUCUACCGUGGUCGAGCUGCUAAAGGAAUCAAAACCGAUUGGAUGAUGCACGAAUUUCGCCUCCCUUCUCUCUCUGACUCUCAUCGCUCAUCGUCGUAUCCCAGUUACAAUAACAAGAAGCAACACCAUAACAUCAACAAUAAAGAGAUUCCUUCAAGCGAUGCUUGGGCUAUUUGCAGAAUAUUUAAGAAGACGAACUCAGUAUCAUCACAAAGAUCAGUCCCACAAUCAUGGCUUCAUCCGGCAAUACCUGAAACCAGCCAAUACAACUCAGUGUCACAAACCACAACUCUUUUUGCUUCAACAGACGUUUUCAGCAACAUACCAACAAGACAAAACCUUAGCUCUUCUCCAGUAGACGAACCCGCAAGCUUCACAGAGUCGGCUGCUGCUUAUUUUGCUUCUCAGAUGCUCGGAGUUCCGUACAACAUAGCUAGAAACAACGGAACAGGGGAUGCUAUGUUUCUGAGAAACAGUGAAACAGAGAAUGUUCUGUUUCCUAGCAACAAUGAGGAUAACUACUUUCACAACUUGGCCGGAGGAUUGACUCACGAGCUUCCGAAUGUAAGAUCAAUGGUCGAGACUGGUUUUGAGACGACCGCUAGUGAGAUGUCGGCGACGUAUUCCCCUCCUAACACUUAAGUUGUACCAUUACCACUUAGCUAGUGUAGGACAUCGCUGAUAUGUGUUAGUUUUUAAUUACCUUUUUAAUGUUACUUUAGUUUUUGUUUCUUGGAGACCAAAAAGAAAGAAAAAAAACUAAGACUUGCUUUGCUUUUUGUAGCCUUCGGCCUUUAGAAGUAACCUAAUCUUGGACAAUGUAACUUUGGUUUACUUUCUUUAUUUGUGAAAAACUUUUGCUUAAGAUUAUGUCUACUAUGAUUUCAAUGAAUCGGUAUUACACAAAAGUCGAGAACUCAAGAUGGCAGAGUUUCUCUAUGGACAUCUCCAAUGGUUGUGUCUAGGGAUAUUAUAUAGGGUUUAUCCAACCCAGCCAAGCCCUAUUUAAACUUAAGCUCAACCAUAAAUGUACCCUAACCCUUUUAGAACCCAUAAAAAAAGUAAAAUAGGGUUGAACCCUUUUCAACCUUCUUUAGACCCUUUAUCUUUUUUUUUUUGAAAGAAUGUUAAAUUUAUUCAAAUCAAAAAAACCUUUUUACAUCAGGUGUAACAUUGUUUUAUUUUUGCAAUAAGAAAAAAAUAUUGAAGAUCAAAACUUAAUCUCUUGCUAACUUCUUGUGGCGAACCAAGCCAUUAGGGCUUUCUGAAAUCGUCGAUCCCCACCCAUACGCAGAGAAGAUAUGCGGUUACGCACACCUUUAUCAAUCCCUUUCAGCAAAGUAACUGAAGUUUGGUGUGCCUCUCCGUGUUUUCUCCCAUUCCUUUCUCGCCAUAUGGAAUGAAUAGAAAUUUGAAACGCGUAUCUGAGAAGAAACAUGUGGGUAGAGUUCCUUCCAGAAUCUGCCAACAAAUUUAGAAUACACCUUUAUCUUUUUUUUUUUAAUAAUGUGAAUACAUGUUAUAUAAUCUCUGGCAAAAAAUAUUAUUUCAUAUAUUAACAUAAAUCAAAGUAAAUGGUUUUUGAUUAAAAUAUUUCUAGUUUAUAAUCUGAAGUGAUUACUGCAGAAAACUUAUUUUUGUGAUUUUGCAGGAAAACUCACUUUUGCGGUUUUGACGGGAAACACAUUUUGAGGAAAAACUCAUAUGUGCGGUUUUGGAAAAACUCACAUUUGCGGUUUUGAAAAGAAAAUCAAUUUUAAGGAUUUAGCGGAACAACUUGUGUCAAUAUUAAGUUUUAAAUGGAAGUACUAAAUUUUUUGGUUAAAGUAUUAACAAAUUCUUUAACCUUUAUAUGUAACAUAAAAAUGUCCAAAAUUUUAGGGAUUAGUGUAGUGUAAAUGAGUUUGUGAAUAUUGUUUUUAGUUGAUGCACUACUGUUUUUAUGUUCUUAUUAAUUUUUUUGAAAAUGAUAUACCAAUCAAAGAAAUUUUAUAUAUUUUUAUUUUUUGAUCAUUUUCAUGUAUCAUUGGAGAUGGUUAAAAUGCCAGCUUAAAAAACCGCAAAAUAGUAUAUAUUUUUUUGAACAACCAAAUACUUAAUUAAGGCCUUAAAACGGCAUUGCAAAGUGAGGAUUACAUACCGCUGAUUGGAAUCAGCUAUAGAGUUCAGACUACGAGGAAUAAAGAAGAAAUGCAGAAAUGAAAAAUAAGAUGAUAGAGUUUCGAUAUCCAGAUUAAGUCCGUAGAUUUCCACAUGAUGUAGCUUCGAGAUGAAUGUGUUGAUUAGGCACUUGAUAGAAACUGUAAUCAUUGCAUAGAUCUAGAUGAUCACCGAUUUUUCUCAAAAGAAAGUAAAGUCUGGAAAUUAUCUAAAUAGAUGUGUCUCUAUUUUUUUUUAUCUGAUUAAUGUCUUCAAAUUGACUUUGUCAUCAUCAAAUCCACUAGAAAUGUAAAAACCUAUAAUUCUAUAGGUAGCGGAAAAAUAUUUGAGAAAGAGACCAAUUGUUUGGUGAAGAAAAAUGUUCUCUUUUUCCAUUACAAGUAGCAAACCAAAAUGGAGGUUUCAACACAGAAUAAAAUUUUGGUCAGGUUAUAACAUCUAAAUGGCAACAUGCAAAAAAAAAUGGCGGUGCAGUCAUAAUAGUAACAAACACACACA